UACAUCUUCAUCUUUACUCAGCACUAUGGCCUCAACAGCAAUAUCACCUGGAACAACAGAGAGUCUUGAAACUGAUAAAACAAAAAUACCAUCAGUUACAGGAGAACCAUCAGUUUCUCCUGUCUCAGCUGAGACACAAACAAGCUCAAUAACAGUGAUUCCAAGUUUGGCUUCUUCUAUAGCAUCUACUGUUCCUGACAUUGAAGGUGAAGAUAUAAGCCAGGAGCCUACAACGGUGGAGUCCAUUCCUUCCAUCAGUGGAUCAACUGUGAAAACUGAGACAGCAUCAUUCCUCAGUACCACAGAUACAGAGAGUUCUGGAGACCGCACCACUGACUUCACUGAGGAGUCAGUUAUCACAGCAACCACUCUCUCUUCUAUGUUGAGUACAGAGUCACCAUCAGUCACAACAUCACAUGAACCUGUAAUAAGUGAUACUCCAAAAACAGCUCGUCCAACAGCUUCAUCACUGUUUAGCACAGAGAAGCCAACAGCACUGCCAGUCGUGGGACAAGAAAGUGCUGUCACAGAUCAGACAGAAAAGACAUCAGUUUCUCCUCUUACUGAUGAGACAGAAACAUCUUCUGUCAUCCCUACAGUAGAUGAAGAGGGUUCAGCUGACCACACUCCAGACAUGUUCACAUCCACUUCCUUUGUCACUGGUACAUCUUCAUCUUCACUCAGCACUAUGGCCCCAACAGCAAUAUCACCUGGAACAACAGACAGUCUUGAAACUGAUAAAACAAAAAUACCAUCAGUUACAGGAGAACCAUCAGUUUCUCCUGUCUCAGCUGAGACACAAACAAGCUCAAUAACAGUGAUUCCAAGUUUGGCUUCUUCUAUAGCAUCUACUGUUCUGGACAUUGAAGGUGAAGAUAUAAGCCGGGAGCCUACAAUGGUGGAGUCCAUUCCUUCCAUCAGUGGAUCAACUGUGAAAACUGAGACAGCAUCAUUCCUCAGUACCACAGAUACAGAGAGUUCUGGAGACCGCACCACUGACUUCACUGAGGAGUCAGUUAUCACAGCAACCACUCUCUCUUCUAUGUUGAGUACAGAGUCACCAUCAGUCACAACAUCACAUGAUGAGACACAAACAAGCUCAAUAACAGUGAUUCCAAGUUUGGCUUCUUCUAUAGCAUCUACUGUUCUGGACAUUGAAGGUGAAGAUAUAAGCCGGGAGCCUACAACGGUGGAGUCCAUUCCUUCCAUUAGUGGAUCAACUGUGAAAACUGAGACAGCAUCAUUCCUUAGUACCACAGAUACAGAGAGUUCUGGAGACCGCACCACUGACUUCACUGAGGAGUCAGUUAUCACAGCAACCACUCUCUCUUCUAUGUUGAGUACAGAGUCACCAUCAGUCACAACAUCACAUGGACCUGUAAUAAGUGAUACUCCAAAAACAGCUCGUCCAACAGCUUCAUCACUGUUUAGCACAGAGAAGCCAACAGCACUGCCAGUCGUGGGAAAAGAAAGUGCUGUCACAGAUCAGACAGAAAAGACAUCAGUUUCUCCUCUUACUGAUGAGACAGAAACAUCUUCUGUCAUCCCUACAGUAGAUGAAGAGGGUUCAGCUGACCACACUCCAGACAUGUUCACAUCCACCUCCUUUGUCACUGGUACAUCUUCAUCUUUACUCAGCACAAUGGCCCCAACAGCAAUAUCACCUGGAUCAACAGAGACAUCUACUGUUCUGGACAUUGAAGGUGAAGAUAUAAGCUGGGAGCCUACAAUGGUGGAGUCCAUUCCUUCCAUCAGUGGAUCAACUGUGAAGACUGAGACAGCAUCAUUCCUCAGUACCACAGAUACAGAGAGUUCUGGAGACCGCACCACUGACUUCACUGAGGAGUCAUGGUACAUCUUCAUCUUUACUCAGCACUAUGGCCUCAACAGCAAUAUCACCUGGAACAACAGAGAGUCUUGA